AUCGCUUCCAAUGAAGUUGGAGUGCGGCCAACUUCUGAUUCAACUUAUCGCCUCAAAUAUUGCUUGGAAAAUUACCCAAUGUGAACACCGUAUAACCGCAAAUCGGAAAAAGUUGCCUUAAUGUCAAAACGAUGUAUUUGUUGUAUUUUUGGAUAUUUCUUGCCGUCAUUGCGCGUAUAAUUUGGUGUUUUAAUUUUUUUUUUGCUCAACCGAUCCCACCUUGUGAAAAUUCGCCUUGGUUUGGUUUCCGAGGUGCUGUCACAAAACAGCUGCAAUUGUCCUCCACCCAAAAUACAAAACAAAGUGGGUUGCAUCAAAUUAACCCAUCCUCCCAAAAGGACUGCUAUAUGUUAUAAAAGUAAAUGCAGAAAAGUGUCGGUGCAAACGUAUAUUCGUGAGCUUAAACAUAAAAACGAAUGCCCUCUUUAUUUCAAUUAAGUGCUGUUGUGGUAAAAGUAAUUUUAUUGAAAGUACAAUUUGUGUUGCAAAGUUCAUAUACAUACAUACCGGCAAGUGUGUUGUAAUUGCUGAAAAUUAUCAAAAACCCUAGCGCAUAGGUUAACUGGGGGGCGUGAAGGUUACAUAUAAUUAUCAUUUGCCAUUUGCUAAAACAAAAGUAAACACUGUUGAAUAGAAUAGGACAAAAGCGAGGAAGCGGAGAAAAAAGUUUUAGCUGCAAAAAUGACGCCUUUCGAUGAUUUUGCAUAUCUGAUUAAUCAUGUAUUGCUGGGAGACGAGCCGACGAUUGAGGAUUUCAUACUACUGGUGGGUACGCUGGUGGCGUUUAUAGCUUUUAUACUCUGGUGUUGCUUUCCCAUACAACCAAAGGACGCAACCAAUCAUCGCCAAUUCUCCUGCAAAUCCAUACAAAACUCACUCGAAUCCGCUCAGGUGCACAGCAGUUAUAGCAAAAGUGGCCCCUUGGCGCAUAAUGAGUACACUAUGAAGAAUGGCGGACACGCCUAUCAUUGUUGUACUUAAUCAAGUCGGCAACCGCAGCAGCCCACAUGUUUACUUACGCAAGUAAUCGAGGGAUUAAGUAAAAGUAUAAAAUUCAAUUUAAACACCUAAUGUAUGCUGUAGAGUAAACCGCUAUCCAAAAGACGACGCUAAUAAAGAGUGAGCCAACUACGAUAAACCAAGCAGUUUAUAACCAGUAUCGAAUAAGCAUAUGUAUGAACAAAGCUUAAUGGCAACUAUAGAAAGCAUAUUUAUUAAAAAAAAUAUUUCCCCAUCUAAGUUAAAGUCGAGUAUCGGUCACUACAUUAUUAAACAUAGUUGUAGUACGAAAAGUAAAUUUAAAAUGUAUUAUGCUGUAAAAUUAGGCGAAAACAAGGCUGCGCUUCGCUAAAGCGCCGUUCAUAAUUAAGAAAAUGAACGUUAAAUAGUAUGUUUAGUAUUGAAAAAAUGUUUUUUUUUGUAUGAUUUCAAUGCAAUUGAAAAUGUUUGUAUAUAAAAUACUCGAAUAGUAAUUAAAAUAUUCGUACAUGAAUUUAAAAUAUAUCGCAUAUUUGCAAUAUAGCACAGAUGUAUGCUAAAUGCAAAUAAACCCAAAUGAAAGACAGACGAUUGAAAGAAAAAUAAGUAAAUAGUAGAUGAGCGAUGUAGGUGCGAUUUUAUAUUUAAGAAAAUGUUAAUUUUAAUUUCUAAGAAAAUUAUUUAUGACAUGAAUUGUUAUAUUCAUUUUGUUCUAAUUUAAAUGUUUCAUUUAUUUUCAACAUGUCAUAUUCGUCGAAAAAAUUGCAUUGUAUUAUUAAAACAACAUACGUGAUAAACCCAAAGCUUGUUUAUUUUGGGAAGAACUGAGUAGAAGAAGUGGCUUUUGAAAAGGCCGCAGUCAUUCACAUUUAAUUUUGAGCACUUUGUAUAUAUGUAUGUAUGUAUGUAUAGCUGCAAUUUUCCGUAGUUUAAAUGUAGCUUGAAAGCGAUUUUUUUUCAAUGAAACAUUGAAAUGCCUUUUUUAAAUUGUUGCCUCUUUCUUUAUUUUAGCCAUUUGUAGCUUUAAAGAAUUUCUUAGAUAUACUUGCCAGCAUACAUCUGUUAGUAUUUAUUAAUAAAAAGCAAAACUUUGAAAUUUUUCAAAUUAAAAGUUGAAUAAAAGAUUGCUGAAUUACAAAUAUUGCACAUGAAACAAAUAUCCCUUACUUAUAAAGUGUUGAACAGAUUGAAAAUAAAAGCAACAAGCCCUUGAAUGUUCCGCUGAAUACUUCUAGAAGCGUAA